AUGGAAGAAUUGCCACCAAAACAUGGCGCCGAGACGACAAAACGAAAAGUUGCACACUCAGAUGAGCACGGCUUCUCAGACCAGGUUCGAGUUCCCAAUGUAAUUGUGAUGGUCGGUUUGCCGGCGCGCGGAAAAACCUAUAUCUCCAAGAAACUCUGCCGGUAUUUGAAGUGGACCGGGUUCAAAACCAAAGUUUUCAAUGUGGGAGAAUAUCGGAGAACUGAUGCGAAUGCGGCGGACGCCGUGCAUGGAGCAAAUGCCUCAUUUUUCUCGCCGAAUAAUGCGGAUGCGUUGAAAGUCAGAGCGUAAGUCAUGUGGCUCGGCUCAUAAAUCAAAAAUUUUUGCGAAAAAACCAAAAAAAAAAAUGCAAGCGAAAUUUGAUGGAUUAUGGGACAAUUCAAAUUGAGAAAAGGGGAAAAAACAAAUAUAUUUUUUUUCAGUGAAUCUGCUCGGCGAGCCAUGGAAGACAUGGCGGAUUAUUUGAACAGUGGCGCUGGAAGUGUGGCAAUUUUCGACGCGACAAACACAACAAAAAGUCGACGAAAAACAAUUAUUGAUUUUUGCACACAGAAAAGGUACAUUUUUAUCAAACUCUGACAUAAACAAAAAGUUUUUUGCAGAAUUCGCUGCUUUUUUAUUGAAUCUGUUUGUGAUGAUCCAGAUAUUAUUGAUAGCAAUGUCACCGAUGUUAAGGUAAAUUCCCCGGAUUACAAAGGCCUGAUGACUGCUGAGCAAGCCAAAGAAGAUUUUAUGCGAAGAAUCGAGAAUUAUAAACAACAAUAUGAGCCGCUUGAUGAAUCCGAAGGGGAUCUUUUAAGCUUCAUCAAGGUUAUCAACGCUGGAAGAAGUUUCAAAGUUCAUCAAGUUCGGGGACAUGUUCAGAGUCGAGUUGUUUAUUUUUUGAUGAAUAUUCAUUUGUUGCCGAGGAGUAUUUAUUUGACAAGGGUGAGGGGAAAUUUUUUUCAAAAAAAUCGGAAUUCAUCUCAAAAUUUUUGAUUAAAAAAAUGAUUUUGUAGCUGAAAAUUUCAAUUUUUCAAUAGGUAAUUUCGAAUUUUAUUGAAAAAUUGAAGAUUUCAGCUACAAAAUCAUUUUUUGCUCGAUGAUUUUUGUCAACUUUGAGAUGAAUAUCGAUUUUUUGUAAAUGACGUGUUUUUAAAUCGAAAAGUUACCAUAACUCCUGAUUUUUCCAGCACGGUCAAAGUGAAUACAAUUCAAUGGGUCGCCUUGGCGGUGAUUCUCCACUAACCUCAGACGGUCGAAAAUACGCGCUAGCUCUCGCCGAAUUUUUCGAAGAGGAAGAAGUUCCCGGCCUCCGCGUUUGGUGCUCUCAAAAAGUCCGCGCCGCCCAAACAUCUCAACACCUCAAACCCGAUUUUCAUACCGAAUAUUGGAAGGCGUUGGAUGAAAUUGAUGCGGGAAUAUGUGAAGGAUUAACGUAUGAUGAUAUUCAGCAAAGAUAUCCAAAACAAUCCGAAGAUCGUGCUCAUGACAAAUAUCAUUAUCGUUAUCCAAGCGGUGAAUCCUAUGAAGAUGUUGUUUCGCGAUUAGAACCGGUUAUCAUGGAACUCGAAAGGCAGGCGAAUGUUCUUGUUGUCUCGCAUCAAGCGGUUCUUCGAUGUAUUCUUGCGUAUUUUUAUGAUCGACCACUUCCAGAACUUCCAUAUAUUGAUAUUCCACUACAUUCGUUGGUCAAAUUAACACCGCGUGCUUAUCAUUGUGAUUCGACGAUUUAUUCGUAUGAUAUUGAAAAUGGAAAAUGGUCAAAUACAAGUGCACAAUUACCAUUAUGCGAUUCACCAAGAGAUUGA